AUGAAAUCAUCGCCUCCAACCCGUUCUCAUUCAAAAGACCGAACGCCUUCUGAUCCAAAGCGAUUUCUCCAUUACAGUCGUCUAAACCCACACGUCUCAUCCUCUCCUGAACGAAAAGAGCCAGCAUCAGCUAAUGUGAAAUCCCAGAUCCAAAAUGUUGUUAAAAAAGUUAUAUGUAACUCUUACGCAGCACUAGCAACUCUUAGUGAACAAAAUAAUCCUAGUCUGGUUGAGUCUCACGAAUGAAAUGGGCUCGUCAAAGACUUGCAAGAAGAAGAAAAAAGACUGACCCAAGAAGCUGUUCAGUCUCCAAAAUCGUCAAAACUACCCCCAAAAGAGCAUUCUAAAGUGUUUGAAAUUGUUACUGAAGCACAAGCCAAAACUUUGCAUGUCCUGAGAGAUUCAAAAUAUAUUAACGAGGCCAAUUUAAGGCUAAGAAUUCAAGAAAUUUUCUCAAAGCUGCUUAAUAAUGUCGAAAGCAGGCUAAGCAGCAAUAAAAUUGAUCGUUCGCCUACAAGAGAUUUGCUUACUGAUGUGCAGCAAGAAAAUAAGGAAUUAGCUCUUUAAUUUAAUUGGAACUAAAAAAUCUGUUUUUUUGAGAGUUAUUUUAAAAAAUAUAUUUAUAAAAUAAUUUUGUUAAAAUAAUAUUAAAUUGAUCCUCCCCAUUAUGAUUUCACCUUAAAAACGUGAUAUAUUUUUGCAAUUUUAUAGGUAAAAUUUCAUUUUUGGAUAAAUUAACCCCAUAUUUGGUCCUAAUUUAAAGAGGCAGGAGUAAGGGAAAAAUCAAGGCGAAUGGAAGAUUAUGUGAGCAAGCUGAAACUGUCUUUGCAAGAACAAGCCAGAAACAGUGAAGAAGGCUUAUCACAAAGAGAUAUCCACAAAGCAAAUGAGUUGAUAAAAUCAUUAAGAGAAGACAUAAAUGAAAAAUCACGAUAUAUACAAGACCAGGAAUUCAAGCUCAGGUCUAUUAGGACUGAAAGUGAUGCUUUAAAACAAAGGAUUUUUGAUUUAGAAAAAAAAAUUUUGUCACCUAAUAAAUCAAGAUUAAUCUUAUCUUUAUUAUCUAUAGCAAGUUUAACGUCUACUACUAGGCUCUCGACCACAGCUACCUCCAACACCGCUCUGGGGCGAAUUUCGUGCCAUUUUCCUUGGGUCUGCAAAAGAUUGGCCACCUCGGGCUUUGAUCACCAAAAGAGAACACCAGUCUUGAAAUUUGGGCUUACAACUCUUCUUUGAGCUCAGGCGCUUAUUUGGGUCCGAUCUGCACACUAAAGGCCCCAGUCUCCACCGCCUUGGGUAAGUGGUGCCCUCCUGGAAAAUUCCAUUCCCUAAGGUCAGGAGUCCAGUAGGAAAAACUAUCCUUAAGAUAGCUGGGAUAAAUUUACAAGGGAAACCAAGUCUUAUAAUUAAGAAAAAUUUUAGUCGGGCGCCAGAAAAUUCGAGUGACGCCAUAUUUUAAUUAUAAAUCAAGAUUAAUCAGAGAAGAAAGAUCUCCUAUUUUAGAUGAAUACAGCAGAAAAGAUAAGCUAGCCGAAGUUACCAAAGAAAGGGACGAGCUAAAAGAAAAAAUUGCAAAAUUUUCUCAAUAUCCUGGAAUCUAUGAAAAACAAAUUAAAAAGCUAAAAGAAGAUAUAGAGGUUUCCUCUAUAUAGCGCUAAAAGCGCAGACAUUUUCCCAGGAGCUUUCCAAGUUCGUCGGACCAAAUCGCUUUUUGGUCCGACCAAGGCAUUGAUUUGGUGCAACCUACCGAUAAAUUCCGAUCAGAAUUUAUCGGCCUUACAGCGCCAAACAUAGGAAACUUCUAUAAGCAGGCUGAAAGAUUGAAAUUCCAAGAAUUAAUUGAAAAAACGACGUCACCUAGUAAAUAUUCGAAAAAAUAUUCAGAACAAAGAAGAGGAGAAGGGGAUAGAAAAGAUAGAGACAUUGCUGAGCUAAGCUCGACACUUAAAGAGCUUAAUGAGGAAUAUCUAAAAGUUUGCAAUUUAUAUAGAGAACAGACUGAUGAAAUUGAAAAAAUAAAAUCAGAAAAUCAAAAAAAUGUGAAUUUGCUUACUCCCCCCCCCAUCCUUGAUCGAACGACUUGCCAUCGUUCGAUCAAGGAUGGGGGUUAAAAAAAAUUUAUAUAUAUAAAUAAAAAAAUAUAUAUAUAUAUUUUUUUUAUUUACUUUUAAAUAAAAGGGUUAAGAGUAUUUAAUAAUUAGUUUUUACAGCAAAAAAAUUGAAUUAAUUUCAUAAAAUACCAAUUUUUAAUAUUUUGUUUAUUAUGUACACCUUUAAACUGUAUAAAUUUUAAUUUGUUCCUUAUUGAAUUAAAUUUUUUUUUAAAAAAUUUUAAAGAAUCUCUAUUUUAUUAGAUUAUUGAGUUUUUAAGCUCAAGUUGAUGACUAAAUCACUUCGGAUAGUUGAUUUCGUAGCUUUCUGUCGUCUCAAAGCUUCUGAAAACAACUCCAUUAUGUACAUCUUCCCAAGCUUUUGAUAAAUAAUAUAUUUUUAUAUAUAUAAAAAUUUACAUGAUAUGAAAAUCGUUCGAUCAAGGAUGGGGGUUAAUUUUCCCAAUUUUUAGGAAUUUUUUACAGUCAAUCGUUCGAUCAAGGAUGGGGGGGGAGUUAAGGAAAGGUAUCAUAAAUAAAAUGCAUUCGGUCUGGGAAAUUAGCUCUGCUAAUUUUCUCUCCCUUGUGGAUUUUAUUUAUGAGAUUUGGUUUUACCUUGAGAAAUUUCUGCACAGCAACAGCGGUUUAACAUUGGAGAUAGAAUAGAAUAGAAUUAAUGGUUAUCGCCCAACUAAGUGGACCAAUUAAAAGAUCUUCAAAAAAGUUUCCAGAAAUUUGUAAAAAUUCCCAAAAAUUUUCUAAAAAGUAAAAUACCAAAAGUAAAAAGUAAAAAAGUAAAAAGUAAAAAAGUAAAAAAGUAAAAAGUAAAAAAGUAAUAAAAAGUAAAAAAGUAAUAAAAAGUAAAAAAGUAAUAAAAAGUAAAAGGUAAAAAGUAAAAAGUAAAAACUCGAAUGCAUACCUGCUUGCGCCUCCAAUGCAGGCCAUUUAGAGUUUUUCCAUGUGCACUGACUCCAUGCCCUACACACUCCAAUGCCAUCUCCACUUCACCUCCAUCUGCACAGAUCCAGCGCUGCAAGGAACUGUGCUGAUCCAAUUCCUCGCUCAUACUGUUUCAUUUUUUUCAAAAGGAACUCAGGACAACAACUUCCUGCUUUGGCGCCAGGCACCAUUUUGUCCGGGAAAUUAUUAUUAACAUUGGAGAUAAUCAGAGGAACUGCUCCUCAGUGCAUCAAGAGACUUGUGCUUUUACCACUUAGCACAUCCGAGGAGGAUGACUCUUAGGCGAAGCACGUGCUGGAGCUAUAGAAAUUGCCCGAGGAUGGCGCAAAAUAGCGCCAUCCUCGGGCAAUUUCUAUAAGUUUGAUCUGAACAGGAGCAAUGGCAUCGCGCCGGGUGUACAGUGCUGGCGUCUGCAUUGUUUUGAAAGUCUGCCCAUAUGGUACACCAUUUUAAGUGACAGACUGGCCGUGACGUCACUAGUCAGGCUAAGUCCCUAUCUUUGGGAGUGGCACAGACACCUUAAAAACUGAAUUUAAUCUAAAUGAAAUGCUUGAGGAAAGGUAUCAAAAUAAAUGCAAAGAGGUGGAAGAAUUAAAUAAGCAGAGAGAAGAAAUUUAUGAUAUAAAUCAAAUGCAGAAAGGGAGAAAUACAGCAAUAGCUAAAGACUCUAGAGCGAGAAAAUUGCAGACAUCAAAACCUAUGCAAGAGGAGAGCCAAAAAGCAGAAUAUGGUCUUAUAAUUGAAGAAAAGCAGCAAGAAAUUGAUAGACUAACAAAACAAUUGGCUUGCUUAAAAAGAGAAAGAGAGUUGCAGCAUAAAGAAAAUAGAAUGCUUCACCAAACUACUAAGGCUGAUAGUGAAAGACUGCUUGAAUUGCAAAAAGAAGAUGAAGAAAUCCGAAAUUUAUUAGAAAAUCUUUAUAAAGACCUUAAAAGUUUGGAAAAUGAAAAAAAUGAAUUAUUAGAGCAGUUGUCACGGAGAAAUAGUGAAAAUGAAUUUACGAUUGAAAAUGAAAAUUUAUUAAAGGAAAUAGAGAAUAAACGAAAAGCACUAAGAGAAUUUGAAAAAAGAGAUUAGAUUAAAUUUUAGUAGGCUAUAAAGGAUGAUUUUAAGCCUUGCCCUUCCUUAGCCGGCUGGACUAAGGUUGCUCAUAGGUACCGGUGGUCACACAUAGCGCCCUUUUCCUGUUGACGUCAUUAGUCUCUCGUGGAGACUCACACGAGCUUGGUUGGGUUAUGCCUACACAGUCAAACACUCUCUAAACUCCUGGUAGUGCUCAGAGUAUGAUUUUAUCAUAUCCAAAUCCUACCACGCUCUGUGGGAUAAGGAAAAAAGCCUGCCAUAGAGUUCUGCCAAGCAGAACCCUCCCAGACUUCCUAAAAAAGAUCGAAUCCACUUAUCUGGGGGCUGGGAUCAAUCCCUUGAUCUAUACUCAUCUUGCCAUCUUUUAAAAAAGUUGAAAAAAGAGAAGAAGAAUUAUUUAAUAAAUAUGCUGAAGAAAAAGAAAAAUGCGAAAAUUUAACCCAGGAUAUUGAAAGCUAUAAAGAUGAGCUGAAAAUUGCUAAAGACGCAUGGAAACAAAGAGAAACUAAAAUAAUUGAAUUUAAACAAAAAUUGAAGUUGAGUUUGGAAGAAAAAGUAGAACUAGAAGCAAAAAUAAACGAAAUGCAAACUAAAAUAUAGGCAUUUCGCCUAUAUUGCCCGAUAUGGGCCGAAAGUUGAGAGCACUUCCUCUCAAGUUGGUUUGACCAACUUAGGUUGGCCAAACCAACCAGAGAGUUAGGGAGUUUCCCUCUCCUGUUGGUUUGGCCAAUCUCAGUUGGCCAACUUUCGGUCCAUAUCGGCAAUAUAGGCGAAAUUCCUAUAGAUGAUAUAGCCAAACGAGAUUUUUCGAAAAAGAGCGAAAUUGAUAAUUCAGCUGUUCUUGAUAAUAAAGAAAAGAAAAUUGAAGAAUUAGGUAAAGAAAAUAGCAUGCUAAAAGCUGAAUUAUCAGAAUCAAAGAACUCUUAUGAAGAUUUGGAAAAAACAUCUACAAAACUGUAUUCAGAAUUAUGAUAAUAAUAAAAUGAUUACCUACGGAAGUGGUGGUUGCCUAUAGGAGAGAAGAUGGAUUUUAUAAGGCAUAAGGCUUUGCUACGAGGAGGAAAUUCUUAGAUAGAUCAUCGCGCAAGGUGGCACAUUCUGCGAAGUCUGGUCACAGACAAGGUGAAGUCUAGUUUAAUUGUUCAUGGUAUCUUAUAAAGGGUGAAGGUAACGGUUCGUGAUCUCAGUAAAUGGCGCUAUAAUUAUACGGUCUGCGAAAUAAGAUGGCACAUUUAGUAAGCAAUUAUUCAGAAUUAGCUGCUAAAGAUGAAUUAUCAUUAAGUCUUGAAGAAGAAAUAAGUAUUCUCAAAAAUGAAAAUUUUAGUCUAAAAGAAGAACUCUCAAAUAAAGAAAAUAAGCAUAAAGAAAAUAUUAAAAAUCUGGAAUUCCAAAUAAAUUUACUGAAAAAAUAUGAAAAAAUCAAUGAAGACAGCCAAAUUAAAUCUGGUCAUGUUUUUUUGCUAUGGACUUUUUGAUUGCCUGCCAUUACACAGAAACUUUGUUGAAGUUUUUUUAUCUGGAAUUUUUCGGGUUUUUUAAAGGAAAUUUCUCUCAGAAAAUGCCUCGCCGUCAAAAAGUGCAAAGCAAAUAGCAUGAGCCAUUAAAUCAGAUCAAUACUUAAAAGAAAAACAAGACUUGCUAACAAGUUUUGAAAAUGAGACUAUAAAAUCCAAUCAAUAUAUUAAUGAACUGAUAAAAGAUUUAGAGAAUCUUUAGUGUUUACUGUACUUCUGGAUUCCCAAAAUAGCUUUCUGGCAACUACAAAGAGCGAAUCGAAUGCAAAUAUCGUCAAAAAUGGAGGCAAAAAGCUUGAUUAGGAGUUAAGAAUUUAUAGAUUAAUAUUUAAGACAAAGAUAAAAGAUUUAGAAAAAUUCAAAAAUAUCUGUAAAGAUAAAGAUGAAGAAAUUGAAUCAAAAAAUGCCAAAAUCAUUCAGCUUGAAAAUACUUUAAAAUCUAAAGAAGCUGAAGACUCCAUAUACAAACAGUCACAAUUAGAGCUAACCCAAAUAGUAGCCAAUUAUCAACAGAAAAUUGACAUACUAGUGGAAAAGCUAAUGAAAAGGAAAAAAAUAAAUAAAGAACUGAAUGAGAUUAUUGAUAGUCAUCAAAAAAAUUCUGAAACUUUAGAAGAUACAAAUAAACGAACAUCUGAAGCUUUUCAAAAUGAAAUAGAGGCUCUAAAAGCAGAAAAAAAUAAAUUGCAAUUAUUAAUUUUCCCUUCGUAAGCAAAAAAAAUAAUUUUAUCUUUCAUUGUCAAUAUUAAUUUAAUUUGUUAAAAAUUCAACAGAAUUUGCUCAAGAUUUCAUCAUAAAAAUUAUCAUAAUUUUUUCAUAAAUACUUUUAUAUUUGUCUGUUCAAGGAGGGAAGGGUUUUUGAUCAAAAAAUAAUGGUUAUGUUUGCUCACGGAAAUGGGUAAGUGAAAGGCAAAGCCAGCAGCUGGAUGAGCUAACAUCCAUUUUAGAGCUUGGAAAAAGGCAGCUUGAAACAGAAAGAAUACGAAACAGGAAUGCCCAAGAAGAAUUAAAUCAAUUAAAAAAUAUAGUUAAAGAAGACAAAGAAAAAUACCAAGAAGAAUUUAAAAAAUUAAAAGAAGGCUCAGAUGAGCUCUUAAGCGCAUUUGAAAUUAAAGAAUUACGAAUAAAAAGCUUAGAGGAAGAGUAAUUUUUAUUUAGACUUGAUAUCGCAAGAGAAGAUCUUCAAGAAGAAAUUAAUUCUGAGCAAGAAAUCAUUGAAAAAUACGAAGAAGUGGAAAAAGAGCUUAAAAAAACGAAAGAAGAAUUAAAUAAAAUUACUGUGGAAAAUGAAAACUUGCAUAAAACUAUUGAGAAUUUCAAUGAAAAACCUAUAGAAUUUUCAUUGGAGAUAGAGAAAUUAAAUAAGGAAAUAAAAGAAAAAUCAGAUUUAAUUGAGGGAAUGAAAGAAAACAUAAAAAAAUCAAAGCAGGCUGAUACAGAUUUACAAGCAUUAAUUUCACAAAAGACUCAAGAAAAUAAUCACCUUUUAGAAGAAUUCGAAAAAUAUAAAGAAGAAUCGCUCCUUAAAUCACAAGAACAAGCAGAACAAUUUGGGAAAAUGCUAGAAAAUAAGAGUAAAGAAAUUGACGAAUUAUCUUCAGAAAAUAGAAAACAUUUAGUUGAAAGAGAAAUUCUCCAGAAAAAUGCUGCGGAUUAUAGUAGCCAAAUAAAUUCUUUGACCAGUCAGAUAGAAAACAUGGAAUUAGCCAUUAAAGACCAUGAAAAAAAUAGAGAAAACUCAAAUAGGACUAUUCAAAAUUUGGAAAAUGAAAUAGCUUUAUUAUCAGCUGCUAUUUACGAAAACCUAAAAAAUAUCGAAAUUUUAAAUGGAAAUCUCAAUGAAGGGAAAGAAGAGAUAUAUCAAAAAACCGCCUUAAUUGAAGGAUUAGAAAGUCAAAUUGUAGAGCUAAAAAAUCAAAUUUCAGCUAAACAAAAUGAGAUUUUACUGCAAGAAAACGAAAUUAAAUCAUUAAACGAAUUUUUAUCAGCUGGAUCUGAAUCUGAUAAAGAAGCACUUUUGCUUGCAGAAAAUCAAAGAUUAAGCUCUGAGCUCGAAAACAUUGAAAUUAAAUUUGAAAGUAUCCAAGAAGUCUACAAUAGUCAAAAAUCAUAUCUGCUUGAUAUCCAGCACAAAUUUGAUACUCUCCAAAAUUCUUGCAACAAAGUAACCUCAGAAUUAGACUCAAAAUCCAAUGAUCUAGAACUAGAAAAACAAAAAUCUGAAUCCCUUGCAAAAGAAAACCAAGAAUUUCUCGAAAAUUUCAAAAAGUCUGAAUCUCUAUUAAAAGAAAAAGAAAUCGAAAUCCAAAAUCUAAAAACUGAGCUUGAUACCCAUACAAAAGAAUUUAACGACGGCCGCAAUAAACUUUUUGGAAUAAUUGACAAGCAAAAUGAAAAAAUUAAUUCAAUUGAAAAUUCUUUGCAAUUAAAACAGGCAGAAUUCCAAAAAUUAAUAAGCGAAAAUUCAUCACUUUCAAAACAAAUUUCUGACCUAAAAGACAGUCUUUCUGAAAAAAUCUCACUCCGCCCCCCCUUUAAAUUGGAACUAAAAAUUUUUGUUCCAAUUUAAAGGGGGGUUAAUUUUUUUUUUUGUAAAAAAAAAAUAUCAAUAUAAAAUUUUUAUAAAAAAUAUAAAAAUUUAAAAAAAAAAAUAUUUCAAAAACUUAUCGAAUUAGAUCAAUAAAUUUGUUUAAUAAAACGCUAUUUACUCUUUAUCCUUUAAAACAAAGCAAGAUAUAACUAAAUUUUCAUUAUUAGUUAAUACGCCACUAUUAAUUGGUAUCAAAAUUAUUUACACAAAAAUUAUUAUUUUUAUUGAUAAAAAAAAAUUUUGGAAAAUUUAUCGAUCAAAGUGCUAUUUUUGUUUAAAUAAGAUGUUAUUUAUACUCUAUUCUUUAAAAUAAAGCAAGAAAUAAGUAAAUUUUGAAAUUUUAUAAAGAAUUCCUAUUGAAUUUAUAUCAAAACUAUCCAAAUAAAAAAUAUCAUUUUUAUCAAAAAAACACAAAGUUUUUUAAAUUUUUAAAAAAAAAAAAUUAAUUUUUUGUUAAAAUUUACCAAUUAAGGAUAAUAAAUUUAUUUAAAUAAGAUGCUCUUUAUACUUUUUUCUUUAAAAAGAGCAAGAUAUAGAUAAAUUUUUAGUUUUAGUUAAGAAGAAACAUUUAACUUAUAUCAAAACUUUUUACUCCCCCCCCCCCCCCUCCGUGAGCGAACAAAAAAAUUUUGUUCGCUCACGGAGGGGGGUUAAUUUUUUUUUUUUAAAAAAAAUUUAUAUAUAAAUUUUAUAAAAAAAUAUUUUUUUCGAAAAUUUAAAAAAAUCCUAAUUUGCAAAAAUUGGGAAGCAAAUAUUAAUUUAAUUUGCAAAAUUUAUGUUUUAAAACGCAAUUUGUUUAAAAUUAAACAGAAUUAGCUCUAGAUUUCAUUAUACUAAUUAUCACUUAUAUAUCAAAAUUUUUUUCCAUUAAAAUUUUUUCUAUUAAAACAAUUUUUGUUCACUCACGGAGGGUGGGUUUUUGGUCAAAAAAUGGCGAUUUUUCUAAUGGUUUUGUUCGCUCACGGAGGGGGGGGGGGGGGAGUUAGAUAAAAAUUAUAUAUAAUUUUUUAUUAUAAAAUUUAAAUUUUGUUCCAAUUUAAAGGGGGGUUAAAUUACCAAAAAAGUGGAAAUUUUACCGAUAUUUUGUUCCAAUUUAAAGGGGGGGGAGUCAGAAAUAGAUUCAAAACACAAAAUAAUUACAAGUUUAGAAGACUCUUUAGCUUGCUUAAAAUCUCAAAUAAAUGAUUCUGAAAAAAGCCGCAUCUCCAAAGACAAUGAAGAGCCAAGUGAAAUUUUAUUUGAAGUCUCUUUAUCCCGUUCAAAAUUCCAGCAAGAGUCAGAAUUCACCAUUUCAAAAAGUGUAGAAAUUCCAUUCCAAUAUACAGAAGAAGACCCAAAAUGUCAAGAUAGAAGUGUAAGUGUAGUUUGGCCACAAAUAGAAGAUCUGGAAAAAGAAAUAGACUUAAAAACACAAGAGUAAUUUUUAUUUAGAUUGAUUUCUAAAGAAAACGAGCUAGAAGAGCUAACAGGGGACUAUGAAAAAUUAGAGCAAUGUAUGUGUGCAUUGGAAAGAGAAAAUAUCAAACUUUCUCAGAUAAAUAUAGGAGUUUUCCUUAUAUGGCCCGAUAAGGGCCGUGGGUUUUCCGUGGAAUCCAUCUGUUGGUCAAACCAACUCAGUGGCCAAUUCACUUGUUGGUUCAACAAGCAAAGGGAUUCCUCAGAGAACCCACGGCCCGUAUCGGGCCAUAUAGAGAAAAUUCUUAUAAUUUAUUAUCACAGCAGCUUAAAGAAAAAAUCGCAAAAAAUGAUGCUUUAACAUUAAAAAUAAAUGAAUAUGAAGACGAUAAAAAUAAGCUGGAAUCCAGAAGCUCAGCGCUUAAAAAAUUCGCUGAUGCGUUAGCGAAACAAAAAGCGUCACUUGAAGCUAAAACUGGGUCUUUGGAACAAGAAAUUAAUAUUUUUAGACAAAGAAGCUCUUUGGAUUUGGACACUAAAAACCAAGUAGAAAGACAAUAUGAGCACCAAAUUAAAUCAUUGCAAGAAACAGUGAAUUUGUUAAAUAAAGAUAUAAAAAAGCUGGAGAAGGAUUUAGAGGACGCUAAUGAGAAUCAAAAUAAUUUAAGGAAGCAUAUAAGUGAGCUAGAGAAUGAAAUAGCAGAAUUUGAAGACAAAAAUGAAGAAUUAUCUAAAAAAUAUGGCUUAGAAAUAGCUAACUCCCCCCCCUCCGUGAGUGAACAAAACCAUUAGAAAAAUCGCUAUUUUUUGCCCAAAAAAAUCGCCCUCCGUGAGUGAACAAAAAUUGUUUUAAUAGAAAAAUUGUUUAUGGAAAAAAAAUUUUGAUAUAUAAAUGAUAAUUAGUAUAAUGAAAUCUAGAGCUAAUUCUGUUUAAUUUUUAACGAACUGCUUUUUUAAAACAUAAAUUUUAUAAAUUAAAUUAAUAUUUGCUUUCAAAUUUUUGUGAAUUAGGAUUUUUUUAAAUUUCGAAAAAAAAAUAUUUUUUAUAAAAUUUAUAUAUAAAUGUUUUAAAAAAAAAAAAUUAACCCCCCUCCGUGAGUGAAACAAAAUUUUUUUGUUCACUCACGGAGGGGGGGGAGGAGUAAGGUAAAUGAGCUUGAAAAUACAGUGACUUCGCUUGAGAUACAAAAAAAUAAACUGGCUCAGCAGAAUUCUAUUUUAAUUAGCCAGGUUAAAGAAAAAACUAUGAAAAUUGACGCUUUAAGUUCACAGAUGAAAAUAUUGGCCAAGGAAAAUAAAGCUUUAAUAGCAAGAUGUGACAGUUUAAAGAAGCUUUCUAAUGCAAUUUCCAAGGAAAAAACAAUUUUAAAUGAAAAAGCUUCAGAAUUAGAAGAAAGAAUCAGCCUGAGCAUGAGAUCGUCAGAAGGCCAAAACGAGCCAAGCAGAAACUCAAUAGAAAUUUUCCAAGGCCAAAUCAGGGACUCAGAAAUGAAACAUCGGCAGAGUUUUUCAAUGGAAAUCCAAACCUUUGGCAUUGAAGCUAUUUCUAAUAUCCAAGAAUCCCUCAGCAAUAUUUCAGACGCAAACAUAAACAGAUACAGUGACGCUGAAAUUGAACAUCUUUUAGCUCAAAUUUCUCAUCUAGAAAGCCGAAAUUCCAACCUUGAAAAAGACAAAAUCCGUCUUUCAUCCACAAAUAUGGUCAUCUCCACACAGCUAAAAGACAAACUUAAACAAAUCCAAAGCCUAAAUUCACAAAAUACGUCAUUUAGAGAUGAAAAUGAAAAACUUGGGUCUCGGUCUCAUAGCUUAAAAAAAUUUGUAGAUGCUUUAACAAAAGAAAAACAAAGUUUGCAGUCAAAAAUUGACUCACUUGAACAAGAAAAUAUGUCAUUAAGCCAUAGAGUUUCGUUGGAAAAUGAGUCAGAAAAAUAUUUGGAAGAAAUUAAUAAUCUGAGAUAUUCGCUGGAUUCAUUGGCAAAUCAAAACCAAAGCUUGGAAAAGCAGCUUGAAGAGUCAAGCAUUAAACAAGUAAACUUAAUUAAAUUAAUUUUUUUAAAAAAUUAUUUAAAUUAUUUUUAUGUUAAAUUUAUUAUGGAACUGAAUAAAACAAAAACAUCAACAGACGCCUUCUUUUGAUUGCUCAGAAGUCAUGUUUCAGGCUACUGAAAAUAAUCUUCAAAAUAGAUCAUCAGAAAAUAUUUAUCAGUCAAGAGGAUCAGGGACGUUUACAAGUGAUGUAUCUAAUACAUUAUCAAUCAGCAAAGAAGAGUCUGUUAGUGUUGAAGCUUUAUCAGAGCUAAGAUACAAAACAGAUGAAGAAAGAAUUUCUGUCUUGGAAAAAGAAAAAAUUAAAUUAAGCCAAAUAAACUUGUUAGUCACUUCACAGCUGAAAGAAAAAAUGGCAAAAAUUGAAAAUUUAAGCCAUGAAUUAAGAGAAAGUGAAGAAAAUUUGAGAAAACAAGAAACUAGGGCGAUUAAUAUGAAAAAAUAUGUAGAUGCCCUGGUCAAGGAAAACUCGAUUUUACAAACAAAUUAUGAGGCUGCUGAAAAAGAAAAUUCGCUUCUAAAAGAAAAAAAUCCUUGUAAAAUAGAAGAAGAAUCAAAAAUAGGCCAGUAUGAAAUCCAAAAGUUGAAUGAAGAAAUCGAAGCUUUAUCUGAAAGUUUAUCAGCUGAAAAGCAGCAAAAUGAAGAAUUAUCGUCCUUAUUACACCAAAAAUCUGAAAAACUCUCCAGUGCUCAAUCAGAGCUCGAAAAAAUUGAGUCAAAAAACCAAAUUCUUGAAAUAAAAAAUGAAAAAUUAAUUCACUCAAAUAACAUCGUCUCCACACAGUUAAAAAGCAAAAUUUCAAAAAAUGAAGCAUUAAGCUCCCAAGUAAAAAGACUUACAGAAGAAAAUGAAAAUAUGAGAAACAGGAUUUCUACUAUGAAAAAGUUUAUUGACGCACUGACUAAAGAAAAGUCAAAUGUCCAAUUGAGAAAUGAAGAGCUGGAAAACAGAAUGGCAAGCUCAAGUCAAAGAGUUUCGCUAGAUACAAGUUUGUUGUCCCGACAAGAAAGUGCUGAGGAUUGUGAAUAUUUAAAGCACUCUUUAGAAGAUGUUCUGAUAAGAAAUAAAUCGUUAGAAGACAAGGUUUCUCAUUAUAAAUCAAUAGAAAAUGAACUGAAUAGCCAUAUAGAAAAUUUAAAAAAUCAAGUGAAAAAUCUUAUAGAAGACAGAGAAAAAUUAGUAAAGGAACACAGUGAAAUCGCCAGCCAAGUCACUAAAGAGCUUGACAUUCUAAAAACCCAGCUAAGCAUUUUAGAAAAAGAAAAAGCUAAACUUACCCGUAUAAACUCCCUUCUAAAGUCUCAGCUUAACGACAAAAUGACUAAAAACGAGUCAUUAUCCACCCGUAUAAACAAUUUUGAGCAAGAAAAUGGCACACUGCAUACCCGUGUUUCCAGCAUGAAAAAGUUCAUAGACGCUUUAGCAAGAGAAAAAUCCUCAUUAGUAGCCAGAAUUGAGACUCUUGAAGAAGAAAAUAAUUUAUUAAAAACACAAAAAGACAGUGAAGAUUCUAAAGGAAACCAAGAGGUUGAUUUUGAUUUAAGCCCUAUGUCAAUGUCAAUUUCUCAAAGGACCUCAAUGGUCAGUGAUGCAUUUAGCUCCAGCAUUGACAAUGAAAAAGAAAAUCUAAGAAAUGAAGUCGCAGAAUUGAAGCGAAAAUUAAUUGCACUGGGAAACCAAAAUGAGAAUUUGACUGCAGAAAUUGAAGACGCAGAGAACCAGAUUUCACUUUUACAUCAAGAAAAAGAAAAAUUAUUAAAAGAGCUGAAUGGUGUGGAAGAGAAUUGGAAUAAGAAAAUUGAAGAAAUAGGAAAUGCAGUACCAGAGCAGUUUAGGGUCCCGAGUAUCCCUGAUGCAAUAAGGACUAUGGAAAAUGAAAUAAUGAUAAAAAAUAAUGAUUUAGCAAGAUAUACAGAACUUAUAGCAAAAAUCAAUGAUGAACUGCCAGUCAAUUUCAGAAAACUUGGAAUUUUAGAUGCUGUAAGAGCUCUAAUUGAUCAAUAUGAAAAUUCUGAAAUAAAAUCUCAGCAAUGCUCGUCGCCUGCCCCACACUCAAAAACUUUAGGGGCUGAAUUUAAUAUGAUAUCGCCAGAUUCUGCAUCAGAAACAUUUAAUAUUGAGCUGAACCCUAGCGAGAUAGGAGAUAUGCAUUUAUCAGUAGAAGAAGCACAACACCUAUAUGCAACUUUAAGAAAAAUAGAAGAGGAAAAUCAAGAAAUUGUGGAAGCAAGAAGAGAGCAAGAACAAGAAAAUAUGUAUUUGAAAGAAAAACUAAGGCAAACUGAACAGACAAUUAUUGGAGGACAUGAAGGAGGCCAAGGGUCACUUUUAGAAUUGAAAAUGCUUGUAAUAAGCUUGGCAGAUAUGAUUGGUCCUCAGAGGUUGGAAAUUGAGGCUUGCCUAAAAGAAAUUUUGACAAUUUUAGGCAUGACGAAAGAGGAGAUUGCCCAGAUUGAAGAAAGGAGAAAUAGAGCUAAAGGAACUAUGGAAAAGACUUCAAAAUUGAAAAAAAUAUUUUCUAGAAGCAAAAAAGGAUAA